UCAGAGAUCCUGAACGAGGCGAACGGUUUCCCGCUCGAAGACGCUUUAGCGCACAAAGCCUGUGCGUAGGUUGGUCUUUCUUUGUCUUACUUCGCCAUGAAGUAGGACUGGCUGCAAAGUUGUUGAAGACGGAGUUUCUGUAAAACUGCACAAUGGAUUUAUUCCAAUUGUUAACAUUUAUCAUCUGAAAUGAACCCCGAAGAGACUGGAUUGGGACAAAGUAAUGUCUAAAGUGUUGAUGCGUGUUGUAAUUUCUUCGUGGGAAUGGCGAAAAGUAUGUCAUUUAAAUGUAUGUUGUGUUGCGCUGGAGCGCUUAUAUUCCUGUCCUUUCACCCUGUGCGACCAAAUUGUCCCGAGCGAUGCGACUGCCAACUUGCGCAGCAUAUCCUCUGUGCAAACCGCGGGCUGCGCGCCGUGCCACAAACACCGGCUGAUAGCGCAACGGACGUGCGGGUUCUGGGCCUUGCGGGAAACUUCAUCCGCAACGUCAGUGCGUUGGACUUCGUGCGUUAUAACAGCCUCAUGAGACUCAAUCUUCAGUUUAACAGAAUACGGAGCAUACAUCCAAAAGCAUUUGAAAAACUAUACAAGCUCGAGGAACUGUAUCUGGGCAACAACUUAAUCUCAACAAUGCAGCCUGGGACUUUACAGCCGUUAAAAAAGCUCCAAAUCCUAUACGGCAACAACAACGACAUUAAAGAAUUAACACCCGAGUCGUUUGGUAAUCUGGGGAGCGUCGUCAAACUAAGACUUGACAACAAUGCUAUUAAAUUAUUGCAGGAGUCCGUUUUUAAACACUUGACCAAUCUGGUGUUUCUACAUAUGGAAUCCAACCAGCUUCGGCAUAUUCAUCGAAGUGCUUUUUCAAGUCUUACAAAAUUACAGUUUUUAAACCUCUCAGAUAACAAGCAAACAGAACUGCGCGAUAUUUUCACUUUUUCCCAACUUAAGUCUUUAGUAACUUUACUACUCUCAGGGAACCAGAUAAGACAUGUUGGAAAUCACAUGUUUCAGAACUUGAAAAAGCUCACAAAACUGUCGCUGAGUAAUAACAAAAUCUACCGGGUUGACGGUGGUGCGUUUAAAGGGCUGUCGCGCCUGAAAGAGCUUAUGAUUGACAGUAACGAGCUAAUGGAGAUCCCUGCCGGUUUACUGGACCCGCUCGAGCGCAUUGAACACCUCGACCUCAGUGACAACCAGAUCUCGCGUGUUGACGCUGCAGCGUUUGGUCACCUCAUGUAUCUAAAAGUCUUAAAGCUGAAAAACAAUCGACUCACGAUCUUGUCCGGUGAGAUCUUCGCUUCGAAUGGGGUGCUUUUCAGUUUGGACCUAAACGGCAAUAACUGGACUUGUGAUUGUCGGAUGGGCAAAUUAAAGAGUUGGAUGACAGCGGUGCAUUCUCAGGGAAAGCUUUUGGGUGUAUUUGUGCGAUGUCAUCAGCCCCCAGCGUUAGAGGGAAAAUACUUAGAUUAUGUUAACUACACUCAGCUGCUACCUGGAGGGAACCAUAGUGGUUUCUGUGGAGCAGAUUACCAGACAGAACCACUGGAGAGUCGAGGAGCAGGUCUGCUGGAGACCCUAGUCACAAAGGAGGAGAAGCCACGGACAGGAGAGGAUCACAAAGCUGUGACGGUUGUAGAUGCUGAGGACAAACCUCCCCUACAGAGGAGGAGGAAGUGGUCCAGGCCAAGACUUCAUGCGCCACCCAGCAAUUCUGGACACUCUGGGAAAACAAGCCCCUUAUUGGACUUAGUAGGAGCUCUGACAACUAAGGCUCCACCCACGCUAAGAGAGAAAGGCGUAGGGGAUAGUGUGGCAUCACCGCGCACCGGCACUCUGGGACGCAUAGAAUCUUCUGGGCAGGUGGAGCAUCAGGAAGUGAGGUCAGAGUUGGAUUCCUGUCAGUUCAACCGGAAUCAUAUCAUGAAUGUAAGUGUGGACAGCAUCACCCACGGUGAGGCCAGGGUCCGUUGGAGCAUCGUCUCCGACACCAAGGCAGCUGCAGGCAGAACACUGCUGUUCCGUGUACUGUUCGAUCGCUUCGGUCGUCCCGUCCGCUUCCCACGCUACGUCUACACGGACGGCGAGACCAGGGCGGUAACUCUGCAGGAGCUCCGCCCUGACUCCACCUACAUCGCCUGUGUCGAGAGUGUGGUGGGUGGAGUUUUGUGCCAGGUAGCGCCGCGUGAUCACUGUGCAGGGUUUGUUACAACAGUGCCGUCACCGGUGGGUGGGGUUAAACUGCAGCAUGUCACUGUGGUGGCCUUGGUAGCCAAUGCAGUGCUCCUCCUGCUGGUGGGUGGAGUCUGGCUGGGCCGACUGCUAAGAAAGAGGCUUCAGAGCAGGAAAUCCGCUGGCCACGUUCAUGUUCGUCACAUGUACUCCACCCGAAGGCCUUUCCGCUCCACCAUGGCAACGACCUGCGUCUCCUCAGAGUUUAGUGGAUACCAGAGUGGCCGGCCAUUGGCUGAGGAGGGUGAUCUCAUCCAGUUUCCUGGAGACCGUUUUUUUGAAGGCUGUCUGACCCGCAGAGAUAAUGAUGUAAUAACACCACAGUUCUCAGACUAAAUCCAAGUGUUUUGCCUACAUGCCUAGUAAAAAGGCAGCACAGAGUAUGUGUGUGUGUGUGUGUAUGUGUGUCUGUGCAACUCUACAAUUUUGAGCCACACAAGAGACCCUUCACAGUAACCAAUAAAAUCUGUCUGUAAAGCAUCCUUGAGUCUGAGAUGGGCACUAUAUAAAUGCAAAUAA